GCCAAAGGAUGUUCCUCACUGAGGAACUGAAGAAGACAAAAAUCUUUUGCAGCAGUACGUUAGAACUACAACAACACUAAAAUGGUGUCCAUGUGCCGCCAAAUGCUGGGCUUUAGCCUGGGCAUCAUAGGCUUUCUGGGGGACAUCAUUAUUUGUGCCCUUCCCAUGUGGAGGGUAACAGCAUUCAUUGGCGCCAACAUUGUGACAGCACAGAUCAUCUGGGAGGGCCUGUGGAUGAACUGUGUCAUGCAGAGCACAGGACAGAUGCAGUGUAAGAUCUACGACUCCAUGCUGGCGCUGCCACAGGAUUUGCAGGCUGCCCGAGCUCUGAUCGUCGUCUCCAUCAUUGUCUGCCUGUUCGCCAUAAUCCUGGGAAUCAAUGGAGGCAAGUGUACCAACUUUGUGGAGAAUGAGAAUACGAAGAUCAAGGUGGCCAUUGCCAGUGGUGUCACUUUCAUCAUUGCUGGAGUGCUGUGUCUGAUCCCAGUCUGCUGGUCUGCCAACUCCAUCAUCCAGGACUUCUACAACCCCAUUCUCACCCAAGCUCAGAAGAGAGAAAUGGGGGUGAAAAUGGCCUCGGCGGGAUUGCAGAUGCUGGCCUGCACGCUAGCUCUAAUCGGAUACCUUGGAUUGAUCAUCGUCUGUGGCCUGCCCAUGUGGAGAGUCACGGCCUUUAUCGGAAACAACAUCGUAACGUCGCAGAUCUUCUGGGAAGGCAUCUGGAUGAGCUGCGUGGUACAGAGCACAGGCCAGAUGCAAUGCAAGGUCUACGAUUCCAUGCUCGCUCUAACUUCAGACCUGCAGGCUGCCCGUGCCCUAGUGGUCGUCGCUCUGGUGGUGGGCAUUGCUGGGAUCUUUAUGGCCUUUGCUGCUGGCAAGUGUACUAAUUUUAUUAAUGAAGGGAAUAGCAAAAGGAGGGCAUCAGUGGCAGCUGGAGUUGUCCUAAUCAUCGCAGGUGUCCUUUCCCUUAUUCCUGUGUCCUGGACGGCCAGCAGUGUCAUUAGAGAUUUCUACAACCCGCUAUUGGUUGAUGCCCAAAAGCGUGAGCUGGGGGCUUCACUGUACAUCGGAUGGGGAGCGGGAUUGCUCAUGGUGUUAGGAGGAGGACUUCUCUGCGCUUCCUGCCCAGUAAAUGACGAUCGCACACCAUCCCUCAAGUAUCAGACAGUCAAGUCAAAAAUGUCAACUGUUAAUAAUUCGGUGCGCAGCCAAAUCGCAAUGUCAGUGAGGUCAGCUUCGCCAUCUAAGACCUACAUCUAAAAUCUUAUGAAGGACUUUAUACCUAAGACAAUGCAAUGCUUGUUACAUCAUGUUUCUUUUCCAAUUUUCUUUUUUUUUUUUUUUACUAUUACAGCUAUUUUUAUUUUUAUUUCUUUAGUCUUGUCGAAUGAAUUGUCUCACUUUAUAGUUUUCUUUUAAAUGUGUAAAAGGUUUCAAAGAUUGUGAUAUGUUGUAUGUAACCUGUAUGUAACCUGCUGUAACUUUUUUUUUUUUAAGGAUAUUCUUAGUUUGGUUUCACUGUCUGUGUUCCAAUUGAUAACAUUUAAGCUUUACUUCCUCUCAUUACAUCAACACAAAACAAAAACCUGCUUAGCAACCUGCUUGAAUCUUCUGAUAAGACACACCCAUGAUACUAGCACACAAUGUUCACUUUUAAAAGCAAGAAAAAAAUUAGGUACCGAAAAAUGAUGUACAUGGUUGUUCAAAAAGAAUGAACCAAUUUCGUUACGCAUUAUUUUAUUAAGGAAAAGUUAAACAAAACUCCAGCCAAGUCACGAGUAUUAUACUCACAAUAAACGUUUAUGUAAAUGACCGAUUAUAAAUAAACUCAUUCCAUGACGAUGCUUGAGAUCUGAAGCAAUGCGUCAUGAUAUCGGUCCAUUCUUUUGACUAACCCUGUAUAUUCCCUUGUGAAAAAUGUUAUCAGACACUGAAUAAUUUAUAGUCAGUUUUCGGGGUUUAAAGUGAAUGAUUAUAUAGAGCUGUAUGUUAAGAGGAUAAAAUAAUUGUUACUCUCAUUCCCUUAUUUAAGGAAUACUUUUUCUACCUUACUCUGUAUCUAAAUAUAACUCAUGGGAAAAUAUUCAAGUUUUUAUUAAGGAAGAAUUUUUCCAAAAUAUUGUUUUUACCCGCAAUAUUUAAAAAUGGUGAUUUAUUGUGAAUAGGCGUUGAUGCGUUUUAUCUUUUGAAAUCUGGGCCUUCGGGUUAUGUGAAGAUGAAAGCAUGAUGACAUCAGUUAUCACAUAUUUGGCUUAAAUCCAAUCUGUUGCAACACAUGAGCUUUCAAUGUGGAUUGCUGUAUAUGUAAACUAAUUGAAAUGACUCAGAGUUAAUCAGGGUGGCGCUUUUUGAAUCUGAGGCUGUGUUUUUACAAUUUCAAGCCGUAAAACAUGAUGUGGAAUGCUUUUGUAAGACAAUAAUAAUGAACAAGAGGGUUGGGUGAUUUGACAGUUACUAAUAAAAGUUGAUAACUUUC